CAGCCAAGCUACUGAACGUGAGGCUGAUGUUAUGGAUUCUACAAUGGCCUUUAAAUUCUUUGAAUAACCACUCUAAUGUCCAACGAACGCCGCCUUACGAAUAUCAGCCAUUGUACAUAUACUCUAAUUACACCCCUGCUGUCUUACGAUGCCGAGCAAUAAGCUUGACAAGCCGGAGGUGAGUGAUAACGUCAAGGUGGUGGUGCGAUGUCGUCCCCUGAACCAGAAAGAGAGGGCCAUGGGCCACAAGCAGGCCGUCAUGGUGGACGAGAUCCGCGGCACCAUCACCGUCAACAAACUGGAGACCAUCCAGGAGCCCCCCAAAACAUUCACCUUUGACACGGUGUUUGGGCCAGACAGCAAACAGCUGGAUGUCUACAACCUCACAGCCAGACCCAUCGUUGACUCGGUGCUAGCUGGAUACAAUGGCACCAUUUUUGCUUAUGGACAAACUGGCACUGGGAAGACCUUCACCAUGGAAGGUGUUCGAGCAGUGCCAGAGCUACGAGGGAUAAUCCCCAACUCUUUUGCCCAUAUUUUUGGUCACAUUGCUAAAGCAGAGGGAGACACCAGGUUUUUGGUUCAUGUUUCAUACCUGGAGAUUUACAAUGAAGAAGUGCGAGACUUGUUGGCCAAGGACCAAACGCAGAGACUGGAGGUCAAAGAAAGACCAGAUGUUGGUGUGUAUAUCAAAGACCUCUCAGGCUAUGUGGCUAACAAUGCUGACGACAUGGACAGGAUUAUGACUCUGGGCAACAAAAACCGGUCUGUUGGUGCCACCAACAUGAAUGAGCAUAGCUCCCGAUCUCACGCCAUCUUCACCAUCACCAUCGAGUGCAGCGAGAAGGGUGUGGAUGGAAACCAGCAUGUGCGCAUGGGCAAACUUCAUCUGGUGGAUCUUGCGGGUUCCGAGAGACAAGGUAAAACCGGGGCCACAGGCCAACGUCUGAAGGAAGCAACAAAGAUCAAUCUCUCACUCUCAACCCUGGGUAACGUCAUCUCCGCUCUGGUGGAUGGCAAGAGCACUCAUGUGCCCUACAGGAACUCCAAACUGACGCGUCUGCUCCAGGAUUCACUAGGGGGGAAUUCCAAGACUUUGAUGUGUGCAAACAUAGGCCCUGCAGACUACAACUACGACGAGACCAUCAGUACACUGCGCUAUGCUAACAGGGCUAAAAACAUCAAGAACAAAGCCAGAAUCAACGAAGACCCCAAGGAAGCAUUACUGCGAAAAUUUCAGAAGGAGAUUGAGGAGCUGAGGAAGAAACUUGAGGAAGGUGAGGAGAUCUCUGGCUCGGAGGGCAGCGGGUCGGAUGAGCUGGAUGAGGGUGAUGAUGAUGGAGGGGAAGCCGGACAAGGACGCAGGAGACGAAGAGGAAAGAAGAAGCUUUCCCCAGAAAAGAUGGUGGAAAUGCAGGCCAAGAUUGAAGAGGAACGAAAGGCUUUGGAGGCCAAGCUGGACAUGGAGGAGGAGGAGAGGAACAAGGCAAAGGCAGAGUUGGAGAAGAGGGAGAAAGAUCUUCUCAAAGCUCAGCAGGAGCACCAUCUUCUGCGUGAGAAAUUGUCAGCCUUGGAGAAGAAGGUGAUUGUCGGGGGCGUAGAUCUCCUGGCGAAGGCUGAGGAGCAAGAGAAGCUCCUGGAGGAGUCCAACAAUGAGUUAGAAGAACGCCGCCGUAGAGCAGAGCGGCUUCGAAAGGAGCUGGAGGAGAAAGAGCAAGAGCGGCUGGACAUUGAGGAGAAGUACACGAGCCUUCAGGAGGAGGCCCAAGGGAAGACCAAGAAACUGAAGAAAGUGUGGACCAUGCUAAUGGCCGCCAAAUCAGAAUUGGCAGAUCUGCAACAAGAACAUCAUAGAGAGAUUGAAGGCCUCCUGGAGAACAUCCGCCAGCUGAGCCGAGAGCUACGACUCCAAAUGCUGAUCAUAGACAACUUUAUUCCUCAGGAUUACCAGGAAAUGAUUGAGAAUUUUGUGCACUGGAAUGAAGGCAUCGGCGAAUGGCAGCUGAAAUGUGUCGCUUUCACUGGCAACAAUAUGAGAAAACAGACCCCUGCUCCAGGCAAAAAAGAAAAAGAUCCAUUUGAGGUGGACCUGUCCUAUGUGUAUCUGGCCUACACAGAAGAGAGCAUGCAACAGUCCCUGAUGAAACUAGAGAGGCCUAAAACCUCUAAGAGUAGCAAGAGCGGCCGUCCCAAGACUGGUCGGAGGAAAAGAUCAGCAAAAGCAGAUGCUGCCAUCGAAUCCCCUCUGCAGUAAAGACAUCACAGAGUCAAGAGAAGGAGCCACUCCACAAGGAGUCAAUUCUGCGGAUGAUCUGAGUACACUGUAUAGCUGACACGGUUUUAAAUGUGAAGCAGCUGUUGUUAGGAGUAUUAUACUGUAGUUAUUAGGAUCCCCAGCCUCACAUAUAGCUUUGAAAGACAUGUCAGCAGCAGCCGUCUGUCUAUUAAGCUCUGUUACGUUAGUGCCUCUGGCAGAAAGUCAGUCUGAAUUAUCCACAUCAUGGCGAUAGUUGUUUUUUUUUUACACUCAUUGGAUCGUCAUUACGGUCAAGGUUUGAAGCAACUGUCAUACAAGUAUAAAGUUACGUCAACGCUUACUGUACAAUACAACUAAAAUAAAGUAAAACUACUCACUUUGAAGACACCUCAUAGACAUAAGAUGAAUGAUACUGUCACCUGCUGGAGUAAAAAAGAAGUACAGUCGUCCCUCACCGUGUUGCAGUUCAAACGGCGCUCUCUGGCUCUUGCGGUUUUUCCAAAUUAAUAAUUGUUUGCUGUUUUGUGGUUGACUAUGGCCCAGUAUUAGUCAAAAAACAUUGAAAGACAACAUAUAUGUAGUAUUCUGGUCACUAGGCGUCCCUAGUAACACAAAACAUUGAUGAGACAUGACCUUACAUUACAUUACCUUAACACUGCAUGGAGUCAGCCGGGGCAUGUCCGACAUAAGAAGUUUUUGACUUGUUAUGCUUGUCUGCACAUAAGAGUUGCGCAAUAUGGCGUAAACAAAGAAUAAUAGGAGUUUAAAGGUGACUAUAGGGGUGUUAUUUCAUGUCUGCAAGGCUCUAAUAAUGGUGGAAAAACAUAUUUAGAAAGUCAUAAACUGUUUUUUUAUGCCCUAACUAUAAAAAUAUUCCAUUUAAUAAUAUUGAAUCUUACUUCACGGGAAUUCACUUAUCACAGUGGGGUCUGGAGCCACUUAACCGCGAUAAACGAGGGACGAGUGUAGUGUGUGUGUAUUUAGUGAUACCUAAUCAAUUGCAUUGCUCUUAUUGUGCUGAGCAGCGAGACCAUCUCUAUCGCAGUGUCGAUUUCAGGUUCUAUGGCCAUCAUCACACUUCUCCUCUGUGUCAUCUGGCAACCUUCUGUGGCGGUAUCAAAAAAGUAUAAGCACUUGGAAGUUGAUCAGUGUUUAUAUGUAGCAAGUCACACAAGAUGUGCUGACUUAUGUGACAUUGAUGCAUGAUUAUGGUUUGAACCCAUCAUUUUCAAAGAAAAAUAUUGGUCGAACUCUUGGGUCCACUGCAUGGUUUCUGUUUAGAUGUUAUUUUUUAAAAAAACAACUCAAAAUAUAGUAAAAUAAAAUAUUAGUUUGUUGAACAAACUUCCUCAAAGCUCAAUAUUGCCAUGACAGCAGUGAAGAUAUGAAAAUCUAAAAGCGGAUCUCUUGUUCUGAUAGUUCUAAUGGUGAAUACAGUACAGAAGUCAACGGCUGUACCGAUUGACACUAAAUGCAGUGAUUCUUGUUGAUGUAGAACUCACUUUUUGGAGAUUAAGGCAAAUGUUUCUACUCUGAAAAGAAAUGAUGUCGUAAGUAAGUGAAAGUGCGCUUUCUACUAUUUCAUGUAGGCCAGAAGCAAAGGGGCAUGCAUGCCGGCCACUUCUUCUUAGUGCCACUUUUUCUUUUGAAAUGCUACCGCUAUGCUAUUGGAAAUGCACCAUAUUUACUGUAUGCCUUAGUGUAAUGCACUUGUAUGAGGCUCUGUGAAGGUCAUUUCUUUUUACACACGCGUUUCAUAGUGGAGGCAAACCGGCUUUUAUUUUAUAUCCUGAUGUAUGUCAAAUGUUUACGUUCACCCUGGAUGUUUUAUUUAUUAAAUUAUUUUACACACGUUUACCUCA